UGCUUUGUUUACGUUCCGUUUGGCAACAUUUUCAAGAGACGAACAAAACGUAGGCCGUUGAUCGGGGCGCGGAAUUUUGUUUCUUAAAAAAUAGAUGUUGGAUUAUUGCGAUGUCAUCGGAUCAAAGGUUGGGAAACUGUGAGGCAUGCAAUGUAAACCCGGCGAAGUACACCUGUCCCCGCUGUGAGGUUAAAACAUGUGGAGUGCAGUGCCUCAACAUUCACAAACGUGAACUCAAAUGCAAUGGCAUAAGGGAUCGUACGAAGUACAUUCCGUUGAUAAAAAUGACAAAAACGGAAUUGAUGAAUGAUUAUUGCUUUUUGGAGGAGUGUACGCGCUUUGUCGAGGAUCGAAAACGGGACAGCAACAAACGUUUUACGCGUUACAACAAAGUGCUGCCCACUCCAUUGUUCCGUCUGCGCAAAGCUGCCCAGGAGCGGGGUACCACCUUGAGGUUUUUGUUGCAGAACUUUACCAAGCAUCAAAAGAAUUCCAGUCAACUGGACUUUCGCAGCUCCGUCAUCUUCUGGCGCGUGGAAUGGUGUUUCCCGGACGGAACCGGUGCACACGUGUUCGUCGACGAACGGGUCAGCGAAAACUGCAAGCUAUAUGAGGCGGUCAGCAAGUAUUUACAAACAGGCAACGAUACCAACGUUCCUGAGUCUGCAACGCUCACCUAUUACCAAGCGUGCGGCAUAAAUGGAGUGCGGUUGCUAUUGAAAGCAGAAGGAAUUAAACAGUGUAGGAAUCGAUUCUUCCCACUGGAUGUUAACAGCACCAUUCGUGAAUGCCUGGCUGGCAAAACGGUCGUGGAAUAUCCUACUAUUUACGUUGUAUUCAAAGAUCGGCUGAAUGAAUUCAAUGUGGUCGACAGCGAUGACGAUGUGGAAAGCGAAAUGCGGCAGUACCAAAAUUAUAUAAAUCAAACAUACGUAUCUACGAGAACGGAACCGAUGAGGAACAUCUCUACCGAGAUGAUCGAGAACAAACUAGAUAACAUGGGAAUAGACAAAGGCACGCUACAAAACGAUAGCAAAACUCGGGAACAAAGUGGACAACCAUCGAAGCUAAACUACCUAUUCAGUAAUGAAAGUGCGGUAAAUUGUUCUUCCUCCGACACAGAAGAUGGUGAAUUGACAGAGGAAGAAGUUGAAAUGGUUUCCCCGAAGCGUACUCGAAUGCUGGAUGUAGAAACUUCUGCACAUGGAAACUAAAUCAGAAACUGUUAAUUUGCAGCAACUGUUUGCAACGAUGAACUGAAACUAUGGGCUAGACCUAUGCUUGUACGAAAAAGGCCGUUUCACUUUGGUUAUUUCAAGUUGUAUGAUGAAAAAGUUAAUGUUUAGAUGAAAUGAAAUAUGGAAGAAAUAAACCGAUGAACUACUUUAUUUUGCAAUCACUCCGCCUUAUUAAAUACUGAUUGCAAUUACUGGACCAAAUGCUGUCUUCUGUCACCAUGCCAAACGAACUAUGUAACCGGAAAAUUUUCGACCGACUGCAUGAUCAUAAACCGUUACGUAUUGUCUGUUAAAACUAUCUUAAGAUUAUAAUAAUCACAGCAACGUUUCCAAGUUGUAGACAAAUAUAUUGCGUAAAAAGUCAAACAAGGAAGUACGGUAGUACGUGCUGCAAUCAGUUUUCCAUCAAAACACUUACACUAAAAAUAUUGGUAAAAAAGCAAUUUUGUUUUGUUCUCAUUGGGCCUAGUCUAAGACAAAGUAGUUCCCUGUUUUUACUGUGUGUCAGCUGAUUUGUAAGGAAAAGAAGGAAAUAAACUCAAACUAGUAACAGUUCCGAAAUGUGUGCCAAAGAUUGACGAUCUGCCUGUUCUGAAUCCACUGUAAGUGUAGAGUGAUGAUAUUCCUUCAUGUGAAAGCGUAUUAAAUAACCCAAAAAUAAAGAACAAACACAAUCAACACGAUACUAGCGACGGCUCCUUUUACGUAGAGUGAUUUCCGGUUCAAGUAAG